GCGAACAACACUGCUGUGAAUGAAACCAUUUGCCAGUCGUCCAAUUCAGGAACAGCCGCCCAGUGGAAAUGGCCCUACCACAGGGAUUUAUAUUCCCUAACUAUGGGCAGGAUAAAAGAAUCAGAUUCUACAGAAACGAAGACAAACUCGUGGACGUACAUUCUUUGAUUCUAAGCCUGGCGCAUUCUGGGGGACGAAAUAGUGAAAGUUUACCAAUGAAGUUGAUAACGACAGAGCGAGACCGUUCUCUGCCAUAUUAUUACUACAAGGAUCAGCGGACCCCUUGUACUGUGAUAGGAGAAAGACAUAAUCCCAUGACCAGAUUUUACCCCGAUCCAAGACAAUAUUACUACAUCAGCAACACGCCGACUCAGUAUGGUUUAGUUAAAGAACUGAAGGCAGUGCCAGGAUUGAGGAAGAUCUUACCCCAAGAGUCGACAUUUGUGCGGUAAACACAAGAAGUGGAUAGACAACGGAAAAAUGACCAAUUUCACGGGGAAGAAUGAAAAUAUAUCAAAAUUUCUCAACGUCGGACAAGACCAUGGCCGCUUACAGUUAGAUGAGAAGUAAAUAUUAACUUAGACUCUGCAAAACUUAUUUCAUGUUUUAGUAAAAAGGUCUCAAACUUGUUCGCGUUGCUGUCGCCCGAGUUGCAUAGAGAUCAUACAUGUAUACACCCCCUAAUUCCA